CGCAUGCGCACGUUAGCGCCCCCCUUGCACCGGGUUUCCAGUCAGCCGCGCGCGGACUGAGUCAAGUGAACCUACCGAGAGGUGGUGUUGACCGUCCGCAGCAGGUUUUCAGUAAGAAACCUGAGAAAUCCAACUUCCUUAAGUAACUGACAGUAACGCCGAGGCCUUCAUUUUCAACGGAAGGGUCAGCGGUGCCGCAGUCAAGGCGACGCGACAGAGAGAAGAAAGUAAAUCCCGGAGGGAAAGCGACCGAAGUGAGCUUGAGGAUCCAAGCUAAUGCUAAGCUAGCUAGCCGUUGCUUAAGAAUUAACACUCAAACUCGGGUCGUUUCACCCGUCGCUUGCUUCGACACAACGACUGUGGUUACAAGGUAGAUAGUCAAGGCAAAUUGUUAGCUUAUAUGUUACACUUAAACUAAAUAGUGAUGUGUUUUGCCUUCACGUUUUAGGCCACAAGCGACCCGUAGUCACUUAGCAAGAGUAGCGUUAGCUCAGUAGCCGGUCUUUUUGAGGUUAAACCGGCUCCGCGAUCUACGGGACAGGGUCAACGCCUUUUGCUUUGCAAUGCUGAAGCAGCAACCGGGCUCAGGCGGGAGAAAAGCGUCCAACGGAACAUCGGGCCCCGUCGGUAUGUCUCCCCCGGUCAGCGGCAUCAACAGUGGCAACAGGGCACCGGCCGGGAGGAAUCGGACUUCUGUAAAGCCAACAUUCCAGUCCCCUCCUGUGUUCGAGGGUGUGUACAACAAUGCCAGAAUGCUUCACUUCCUCACCGCUGUUGUCGGUUCCACCUGUGACAUAAGAGUGAAGAACGGCAGUGUAUUUGAAGGCAUAUUCAAGACACUCAGUUCUCGGUGCGAGUUGGCUGUGGACGCUGUGCACAGACGCAGCGAAGAGGAGAGCUCAACAUCACUUCUGCCACGGAGAGAGGAUAUCACUGACACCAUGAUCUUCAACCCCUCAGACAUUGUGACUAUGAUCUGCAAAGAUGUUGACCUCAACUUUGCUACCAAAGACACCUUCACGGACACAGCCAUCAGCUCCACUCGCGUCAAUGGUGAACACAAGGAGAAGGUUUUGCAGAGAUGGGAGGGAGGAGACAGCAAUGGAGAGAGUUACGAUCUGGAAAACGAUGCAUCCAAUGGCUGGGAUGCCAAUGAGAUGUUCCGUUUCAAUGAAGUCAAAUAUGGAGUCACGUCAACAUAUGAUGCCAGCCUUUCCAUGUAUACUGUGCCACUGGAGAAGGGCAACACCGACACGUUUCGUCAGAGGGAGGCGCGCGCCGCUCGCCUGGCCAACGAGAUCGAGGCCAGCCCCCAGUAUCGCCAUCGCGUCGGCCUUGAAAAUGAUGAGGGCAAAAGCGAGGAGGACAAAUACAGUGCCGUGGUGCGCGACGGCAACGACCGCGAGAGGGGUCGGGAGAGCCCCCGCGACCGAGAGCAGCGCGAAAGGGGCCGAGACAGCCCCGGGGCCAACACCAGGGAUGGCAAAUACAUUCCAUUACCUCAGCGACAGAGAGAGAUGAACCGGGAGCGAGCCGAGCGAGGUCCCGGCGGGCCCCCGCCCCACAACCGUCUAAGCGGGGGUUAUCGGUCCAACCCUGCGUCGUCCUCCUCCUCCUCCCCCAGAGCCCCACUGCCCUCCGCUGCUGGACCGCAGUCCGGCGCCUCCCCGUCAGAGAGAAACAGCCCCCUGUCGGGCCGAGGUGGAGCCUACCCGCCCCACCACCCCCAGGGGAGCCCGAGCCCCAACUCCGGCCCCGCCGGCCCGUACGCGCCGGCCCCUCAAGGAGGACCAGCGGCCUCGGCUUCCGCCGCUCCGUCGCCAUCCAGCCCCCCUGCUCCCCACGGACACGGGGUCCCUCAUUCCCACUCGCUGUCUGACACCGGGCGGCCCGUCAAUGGAGUCUCUAUGAGAACUUCUCCUAAAGCCCAAAGACCUCCACAGUCGGGCAGAACAGUCCGUACUUCGAACUCUCAUGCUCAGUCCACAGCUGCUCGUUCUCCUAAAUCAGGUUCUUCCCAGGACACGCCUUAUUUGGACACCUCGUCCGUCUCUAUGCCUCCCAUGAAGACGUCUGGCCCCGCCCCUCUCUUCCCUGUCGAUGUGAAUGAGAUUCUUGGUGCAGCUGCAAAGGAACGCGCCGCAGAGAGUCUGAACAGCACCGAGGACGGCAAGAACACUAAAGCCCCCUCUGUUCAGCAAAGGUCGCAGAUUGAGGAGCUGCGUAAAUUUGGCAAGGAAUUCAGGCUCCAGCCGAGUGGAGGCAGCGGCAGUUCGCCCAGCUCCCCGGCGGCAGCGACUCCGCCUGCCGUCUGUGACGUCGCUACACCCGGCGGCGCCCAGCCCUCGCCAUCGGACGCCCACCCCGCCUCGGAGCCCAAAACCCAGACUCCGGCUCACAGUCCUUCCCAGCACCCACCUCAACCUUCCCCGGGCGCCGCCGUGGACGCCGCAACUACACCCGGCGCCACGACAAGCGCCAGCCCGACACCCGCUUCAGACAGGCACUCGCCAGCCAACCCGCGGCCGGCCAGGACCCCAGGCAGCGAGGAGGCCAGGUCCGAGUUACCGGAGCGGACGGAGGGCGUGCCGGACCAAGUGAAGAAAUCGACCUUAAACCCCAACGCUAAAGAGUUCAACCCCAUUAAACCUCUAAUGCCGAUGGCGAAGCCCAACACUGCGCCAACCCCCCCUCGGCCAACUCCUCCCAGCCCGGUGGUCCUUCAGCACCCAGGCGGACAGGGACAACUGUACAACGCCCCCUACCUCUCCUACAUCCACUCUGUGCAGCCCCCACAAAUGUACCAGUACACCAUGUCUCCUGUCAGCCAGGGAAAAUUCCCCAGGACCAAAGGACCCGUCGUGGCGCAGCGCUCUGAUCACGGCUCUGCAGGACAGCCCAUGCUGCAGGCUGCAGCGUCAGCGACUGGGGCCCAGAUGGUAGCGUCGCCCUACCCUCAGUCCUACCUUCAGUACAACCCACAGCAGUACAGCCAGCAGCAGGUCAUCCAGGCCAUGGCGCCGUACCCCGGACAGCCGAUGUACUCCAUGCUGCAAGGUGGAGCGAGGAUGAUCAGUCAAGGUGGGGGUCCCCACCCGCAAGCCAUGGGUCCACCCGGAGGCCCCCAGUUCUCUACGCAGGGAGACGGAUCUCAGGGACCGCAGCAGGGAAUCUACGCUCCACAGUCCUUCGCCCACCACGCGGGACAAGUCCAUCAGCCGCAGCCCUCCAGCACCCCGACAGGCAACCAGCAGCCUCCCCAGCACGCUGCGCCUAGUCCUGGUCAGAAUGCCCAGUCAGGCCCACAGCCCCAGUCCAUGUACCACUCCGGUCCCCUUUCAGCACCCACCCCACCCAACAUGCCGCAGGGCCACACGUCUCCACAAGGCUCUUUCCCCAUUCAGGGCUACAGCAUCCACAGCCACCAGGGAAUCCCACAGACGUACCCCCUCGGACAGAUAACGCAGGCCCACGUACAGGGAGCCAUGCAGGGCCCCCACCACUCGGGGAGCCACGGUCAGCCCCAGUUGGUGAUGUUGCAGCCGCCUCCUCAGCAGGGCCCCGGCUCGGUGCCCCAGCAUCCCCAGCAUGGGCCGCAGCAAGGAGCGCACCAACACUUCUACAUCGGACACCCGCAAGCAAUGCAGCUACAAGCGCACCCCGCUCCCUUCCAUCAGCCCGGAAACUAAACCCCCAUCUGCCCUCCUCCCCACCCCCCAAACUGUUCUUAGGAAUGAACCCCAACAUCCCGGCCGCCUGCUGGGAUGUUGGCCCAGACUGAACGCGACUCGUGAAAAACAAACUGAACUGAUGGAGAAGUCUGAAGUCUUACAGCACCUUAUUCUUCUACUGCAGCAUUCAUCAGUGAAAACACUUGGCGUCGCUGAGGACCCCUUUUUUUUUUUAUGCUGACGGCGGCGUGUCUGCCCCCCCUCCGCCCCCCCCCGGCUGCUCUCCAGCUCUUCUCUCCAACUUCUUCCCAAUGCAGAGACAUGAGGCACCUUGCUGGGUGGACUAGUCGGAGAGGAAAACAUACGGAUGGAAACCUGCAGCAGACACCACCUUCCAGAAGUGUUUUUUUUAGCCUUGUGGGGUUUUUGUAGGGACAAUGACACAAAAGGAAAACUGUUGUGGGAUUCGCACCAAUACAGCAUGAAAGGACCGAUUUCAAGAGGGGAUUUUUAGCAAAUUUACCUUUUUUUUUUUUUUUUUUUUUUUUU